AUGGAGGAGCUACCGGUGUACAAAGACUGCGCCACAGCUCCUACGAGAAUCCCAGGCAAUCGUCCAGUCCGUUUAAUUGAACCGAAGCAUCCGUUGGCCCCGCGCGGUUGUGUUGCAUAUUUUAAGUACGGCGAGGAGUACUAUCCGGAACAGACUGUGCCGGAAUGUUACAGUUCGGUACACCCCACAUCGACCAGUGGCGACGUUAACUGCCGUUGUGUGACUAACUUUCUUAUUUACAACAAGCGAGGCGAGCGCCUCCUGCCUCUAGACUCCCUGGAGCAGCCUCGCCACGGUGGCCUUGUCAUGUACGGAGCCCUCUUGCCCCAAGGGCAAUCGGCCCCGGGGGGACAGUUGCCACCGGGACAAGCCACAGGAGAGUACUCUCAGGGUCAAGGAGGACCUUACCCGCAGAGUCAGGGAGGGCCUUAUCCCACGAGCCAAGGACAAGGACACUACGGGCAGACGCAAGCACAUUACGCCGAAGCUCAAGGACAUUACGCCCAAGCUCUAGCUCAAGGACAUUACGACCAGAGUGAGUACGGCCAGAGUCAGAGUCAGUAUGGCACGAGUGGGUACGGCGCGAGCGGAUACGGUGGGUCUGGAUACGGUGCGAGUGGGUACGGCAUAAGGCAAGAGCAGGGAGCCGCGGCGUAUCCGUCGCAGAGUCACAUCUCGUCGGCGUCUGCAGUGGCGUUGGCGGCAGCGGAGAGUCGGCCGCGGAAGCGGCGGGGGGCGAUUGGUUCUUUGAAGGAGCGUUGCGACCGGGAGGGGUUGCCUGGGCCGUACCCGGUGCGGGCGGAGUUGGAGAGUCUGUGGAUAGAUUACGGGGUGGAUCCGAUGCAGCCGGCAUCCUUUUGGUUGGUGAGUAAGCAGGACGUAUAUUACCAUCUGGAGGUCCCGGCGAAUCGGUACGCUGCGGUAUGCGAGCCGGCAUUGAUAAAGUAUCACUUGACAGCGCGCGUGAUCAAGACAUUGCAGUUGAACCCCAACGCAGACUUUAACGCGUUCCUGCAAGAGCUGAACUGGGAACAGGCGCAGGCCUGGGCCUCCGGGCCCUGGUCCGGUCCCUGGCCGGGUUCAAGUGCCAAUAUUUCGUCUUGCUCCAGUCUCUGGCCGUCCACGGCUUGGCGCGAGGAAGCACCGCCGGCAGACCUCUCAGAAAAGUCGCUCCUUCUCCACUGCGACUACAUCGAGCAACAACUCCGGCUCUUCUGCAAACACCACCGCCUCCUCGAACUUCUCGACUCCCCCUUCAUGACGGUUUUCCGCCUCACCAGCACAACGUAUAAAUCCGCUCUCACGCAGCCCCUACUCGUCUGUGCCGGUAUGCCCCUGGCUUACGCCGUACCCGGCUACCCCGUCGAAGACACCACCAGCGCCUCCACCAACUCAGUCGAAGACGAAGACGAAGAACACACCACCAAACUCUUCUGA